UUCUGCGUUUCCUUCACGGGUCACUCACAACAAACAUCGGCACAGAUACUUCAGGCAGUCGCGUAAUUGAAUAAACGUAAUAGGUUCCAGUUAUUUUUGCACUAUGUGAAAUAAAUGAAGCUGGGUACGUCCCUCUAACGUAAGGUAGAAGUUAGCGGCCCGGUAGCUAACUGUAACUUGUCGAGCUCGUCAGCCAAACUGCUGUUGCUAACACAACUAGCUGAACUUGGAGGACCCAGAAAGCUUCCCAGUUGGCUUUUUAAAAACAAAAAACAUAGGUAACAGGACUGCACUUGUGAUGUAGUCGUUUCAUCGUACUGGCUGCCUGUCUAACUCCCUUCUGAGGAAGGGUCUGAGAUCAUUCUCUAAUCAAAGCGAUGGAUGAGGACACCCCAACCCUGAAGCCCAGACGCAUCCAGAAUCAAAACGUGGUUUAUCGUCUUGAGAGGCGCAGAAUCUGUUCGGGCCGACCCGGAGCUCACUGGUACAGAGUGCGCUGCUUCCACCAGAACCUUUUCCCCAACUUCACUGUCGUCAACGUGGAGAAGCCCCCCUGCUUCCUUAGGAAGUUCUCACCGGAUGGACGCUGUUUCAUCGCCUUCUCUUCUGACCAGACUUCCCUGGAGAUAUAUGAAUAUCAAGGCUGCCAGGCGGCUCAGGACCUGCUCAGAGGCCAAGAGGGAGAGACUCUUCUAACGGCCAAUGACCAGCGUUCCCUCAACAUCCGAGGCCGCCUGUUUGAGCGCUUCUUCUCCUUGCUCCACGUCACUAAUGUGGCCUCAAACGGAGAACACCUCAACCGGGAGUGCAGCCUCUUCACAGACGACUGCCGCUAUGUCAUUGUUGGGUCGGCAGUGUACGUCCCUGAGGAGCCGCCGCCUUACUUCUUUGAGGUGUAUCGGAACAACGAAUCUGUGACUCCCAACCCUCGGUCUCCUCUAGAAGACUACUCCCUCCACAUCAUCGACCUCCACACUGGCAGGCUGUGCGACACCAGGUCCUUUAAGUGUGACAAGAUCAUCCUGUCCCACAACCAGGGCCUGUACCUCUACAGGAACAUCCUGGCUGUGCUGUCGGUCCAGCAGCAGACCAUACAUGUGUUCCAGGUCACUCCAGAGGGAACAUUUCUAGAUGUAAGGACUAUUGGGCGGUUCUGUUAUGAGGAUGACCUCCUGACUCUUUCCGCAGUCUACACCGAGGCUCAGGCCGAGAGUCAGCCGGGCUUCCCUCGCCUUUACACCGACAAAACCAUCAACUCCCUCAAGCACAGGCUGCUGGUCUACCUCUGGAGGAGGGCUGAGCAGGACGGCAGUGCCACUGCCAAGAGGAGAUUCUUCCAGUUUUUUGAUCAGCUGAGGAGGUUGAGGAUGUGGAAGAUGCAGCUGUUGGAUGAGCAUCACCUCUUCAUUAAAUACACCAGCGAAGACGUGGUCACACUCAGAGUCACAGAUCCCUCACAGCCCUCCUUCUUCGUUGUGUACAACAUGGUGUCCACAGAGGUGCUGGCCGUCUUUGAGAACACCUCCGACCAGCUGCUGGAGCUGUUUGAGAAUUUCUGCGACCUGUUCAGAAACGCUACGCUGCACAGCCAGGCGGUCCAGUUCCCCUGCUCGGCUUCGUCCAACAACUACGCCCGGCAGGUCCAGAGAAGAUUCAAGGACACCAUAGUGAACGCCAAAUACGGCGGGCACACGGAGGCGGUGCGACGUCUGCUGGGUCAGCUGCCUAUCAGCGCCCAGUCCUACAGCAGCAGUCCGUACCUUGACCUCUCCCUCUUCAGUUAUGAUGACAAGUGGGUGUCAGUAAUGGAGAGGCCCAAGACCUGUGGAGAUCACCCCAUCAGGUUUUAUGCACGGGACUCCGGCCUGCUGAAGUUUAAGAUCCAGGCCGGCCUGCUGGGACGGCCAGUAAAUCACGCCGUGCGGCGCCUGGUUGCCUUCACCUUCCACCCCUUUGAACCCUUUGCCAUCUCUGUCCAGCGCACCAACGCAGAGUACGUGGUCAACUUCCACAUGAGGCACGUCUGUGCAUGAGGAGCUCGUGUAUGUGUGCAACACACCAAACCAACAUUCGGAAUAACGAUUGUAGGACCGUUGGGCUUCUGUAAGCAGCUACUGAUGACAAUACAACAAACCUGUUCUCCAUCAGGAGGCACAAAAACAGUUUGUUCUAUUAGUCGCCCUCUCCUCCGCCAGAGAAAUCAGCAGUCCUCUCCCUGCAUUCUCCUCCUGAUGGAAACCACUGUUCCUCGCCUCUCUCCCCCUCCAUCACACAGUGGUCACUCCAUUUCCACCACCCCCCCCCCCCCCCUUCCCUCCGCCAGAAGGCAGCAAUUCUGCCUUUUCCUUUUUGUCUGCACCGCUUGUCCUCCUCUUUCCCCCUUCCUCAGCAGAACAAAGAGGGACCUGUAGGGAGGAGAGGCUGGACUAAGUGUAAAUGGAGAUGUUGAGAGAGUGGUUGAUGGGCGACGGAGGUGGGAGCCGUAGGUAGCUGGACCUCUUGGAAGGAACCAAAGGUGUUUUCUUUUCCCUACUGUGCACUGAAAGCUACACAUUCAUAUCAGAAUUGCUUAUUUAGUUGGUCCAUGACCAGCUCUCCAACGAACCUUUUUUUUUUUCCUUCUCUCACAUGAAUGGGGAAAAAGGUAAUUUUAUAUUGUUUUUACACGUUUUUACAUAUUACCGUUUGUAUAUAUUUUAUUCCAAUAAAAUUGUCUACAUUUUA